CGCAGUUUGCGGAGAUAUUCACUUCCACAUCGGGCACCUGAACCACCAUGCACACGUAAGAGCGAACUCGUCGUAAAACCAGUCACCCUUUCAUGUACUCAAGCGACCUGUAAUACAGGCUGUCUGAUCAGUUUCAAUCUCCAUCAUCUUCCCGUCAAGCCAAAGUAGUCAGGCCGCGCUCGGCGAAAUCAUGGACACAAAGCAAGAAAAGCCACGAACAAGUCUACAUUGGUCUCGGGUGAUCUGGGAGAAGUCGAAGCCGCGACAAGAACUUGUUGACUAUCAGUUUGAUGGCUCUGGGACCGUUGACGACCCGUUUCUUGUCACCUGGCUCGGAAACGAUGCUCAGAACCCUCUGCAGUUCCCAAACUGGGUGAAAUGGUGCAUUACGCAAAUCCUUGCCUUGUCUUUCUUCUGCGCCUCCUUCCUGUCAAGCGCAUACAGCUCAGCUGUCAGCGAAGUUCGCGCCGAGUUUGGAGGUAGUAGUUCGGUCAACAGCCUGGGCGUUGGACUCUUUGUGGCAGGAUUUGCUGCGGGACCGUUCAUAUGGGCUCCCAUGUCAGAGCUAUUCGGUCGACGAUACGUUUUCAUUUUCACCAUGAUGCUCGCCACAGUGUCCAACAUCGGCGUGGUAGUGGCUCAAGACCUGGCCACCAUCCUCGCCAUGCGUUUCUUCGCUGGAACCUUUGGUGCAUCCCCUAUAACGAACGCCGGGGGCGGCAUCGCCGACAUGUUCGCGCCUGAGCAACGCGGCCUGGCCAUGACUAUCUUCUCAUCCGUGCCCUUCCUCGGGCCAGUUCUCGGACCCAUUGUCGGUGGGUUUGUCACUGCCGGCGCUGGAUGGCGCUGGUUGAUGGGACUGUUGGCCAUUAUGACGGGAAUCAGCUUUAUCCUUGGGGCCGCCUUUGUUCCCGAGACGUAUGCCCCAGUCAUUCUAAGAAGGAGAGCCGAGAGUCUCUCCAAGCUUACUGGGAAGGUGUACAGAACCAAAGACGACGCGUACGGGGCCAGAGAAAGCCCCUCCUCCUUGUUCUUCCGUGCGCUGAGCAUGCCCUGGAAGCUGCUCAGCGAGCCCAUCGUUUUUCUAUUGUCCGUGUAUCUCGCUAUCGUAUUUGCGACGCUGUACCUACUCUUCGCGGCGUACCCAAUCGUUUACCGCGAGGCUCGCGGAUGGGGCAUCGGCGUCUCUGGCCUCCCGUUCCUCGGAAUCAUGGUUGGGAUCAUCGCCGCCCUCUUGUAUUCGGCCGUCAUCGAUAAUGCACGAUAUCAGAAAGUUCUCAGACGCAACGCCCCCGGGCAGACACCGCCUGAGGCGCGCUUGCUGCCCUGCAUGGUCGGCUCUCUCUUCAUCCCCGCGGGCAUGUUCUGGUUUGCGUGGACGAAUUCGCCGUCCAUCCAUUGGAUGUUGAGCAUCUCGGCCGGCGCAUUCUUCGGUUUCGGGCUGGUCAUGGUCUUCUUUGGCGUGACGACCUAUCUCGUGGAUUCAUACACUGUAUAUGCCGCAUCCGUGCUGGCUGGCUCUGCGGUUCUCCGGGCAGUGUUGGCAGCGGUCUUUCCUCUGUUCACGGGCAUUAUGUACGAUAGGUUGGGACUACACUGGGCGUCUUCAAUUCCCGGGUUCCUUGCACUGGCAUGGGUGCCCUUUCCUUUUGUUCUUUACAGAUAUGGGCACUUGAUCAGGACACGGUCUCGGUUUACGGCCAAGGCCGAAGCUGGGAUGAAAGCCACGCGGCCUAUUGCCGUAGACGAGGUACAAUCUGCCGCAGAGAGCUGAAGCAGUGUCAAUAUUGGAGGUCCAGAUUACAUUCAGUAUCGACUACUGUCACCAUCCGGGCGGCGACCUGUUGUCAUAAGUGGUAUCUGCAAAAUUGAAUAGACAAUUUACUCUGGUACCACUCCAAGGCCCGUGAACCAGAAUAAGGGGGCCAGUGAACUUAGGGCUUUGAUGGUAAUUACGCCGCCUUGGCUCUGUAUCUCUCUUCUCG